AUGGCUAUUAUAAACCAAGUUCUUGCAUCUGGUGUUGUGAGCUACCUGUGCAUGACAAUGGGGAUCAUGUAUACGUGGCCUUCGUCGGUGUUAGUUCUCUUCGGCUCAGCGAACACAACACUAAAUAGAGUCAUGACGGAAACAGAGCUGUCACUCUUAGGGAGUCUCUCCUCCAUCAGCGCAGUCAUCACAAUUCCUUUCUCUGGUUAUAUAUUAGAUAGACUGGGAAGAAAAUAUACGUGCAUUGUGUUUUCUAUCUUACAAUUGUCCAGCUGGGUUAUCGUCGUUGCCUUUAAAACAGUGGAAGCGGUUCUGAUUUCUAUCUUAGUAUCUGGAAUCACUAGUUGUACGCUCCUUGUGAUACCUUUAUAUAUUGGAGAAUUCUGUCAAGAGUCGAUCCGUGGUGCUAUGGCGUCUGGCGUGAUGAUGUUCUUUGGUAUCGGGAUGUUAAUAUCCUAUCUUCUUGGGGGUCUGGUGGAGUACCAGACGAUGAACUAUACAUGUAUGACGAUUACUAUUAUUGGAGUCCUCCUUCUGUUCUACGUAAAGGAGUCUCCGUUGAUGUUAUUGAAGAAGGGCUUUGAAAAGGAAGCCGCAAAGACGAUAGCGCAUUACAGAAGCGUACCAGAGACUUCAAAAGAAGUUCAGGAGGAAAUGGCAAAUUUAAGACGAAUACUUAAUCCAGAACUAGACGAUGCAACACCAGAGGAAGAGAAGUUGAAACCAGAGCUGGAACCUGUACAGAAAUUGUCGGUUUUGCAAUUUUUAAAAAAGUCCCGUUCGUCACGCCGAGCGCUGUUUGUUUGUUUCGUUCUGAGUUCUGCGACGGUGUUCCAAGGCUUGGUGGUGGUUCAGGUUUAUGCCCAGCCGCUCUUCGAAGAGGCUAUACCCAGUAUGUCAGCGACAUUAUCAAGUGUGAUCUUCGCCUUGGUCACUGUGGUCGCCGGCUUCAUAGCUGCGUACCUCGUGGAAGCCUUGGGACGCCAGAGUCUUAUGAUUUACUCAUCAAUAUUAGCAGCUAUAUGCUGCGUGCUGCUCGGCACACAAAUACAGUUUAAGUGGGGUCCAUAUUGGAUAGCAGCACUGUUUAUCUACCUUUAUUGCAUUGCGUAUACAGUCGGAGCCGGCACUAUACCAUAUAUCUACAACGCUGAAGUAUUUUUACCUGAGAUAAAAAGUUUCGCAUCAAUAAUAUCUCUGGAAUGGAUGUUUUUAUGCUUCUUUGUUGUGUUAUAUAUUUUUAAUCCUCUGGUGAAUAGUAUAGGUUUGGGUGGAAUAUUCUACAUAUUUGCCGGCGUAUGCGCACUUACCGCAUUGUUUUGUAAACUCUUCAUGCCAGAAACGAAGGGACUAACUGUGGAUGUUAUACAACUUAAAUUCGCCGCACCCAGGUCACGGAAUAAAGUUUGA